GUUUCUGUCAUCAGACAAAGUCUUCAAAAAACACCUCAAUCUUUCUCGUCAUCUCAUAAAGGACCAAAUAAGCUGCUCCUACUUUGUUGUCUUCUGCCUCUCAAAAAAACCAACACUACACAAAAAAACAGAGGACAUGGGCAAGACUAUGGAUUCCAUUUUCAGAAGAACAUUCAAGGCUUCGAAAUUCAAGUCAGCUAUCAAUCUUGCUAACUCUCGUCUUGCGGUUUUCAAGAACAAGCAUCAGGUCAGGUGUAAUCAGGCUCACUCUGAUGUUCUUCAGCUUCUUCAACAAGGCCACCAUCAGCGCGCUCUUAUUCGCGUUGAGCAGGUGAUUAAGGAGCAGAACAUGGUUGAUGUUUAUGUUUUGAUGGAAGGAUACUGUAAUCUUAUUGGAGAAAGAGUUCACCUCAUUGAACAUGACAGAAAUUGUCCUGAGGAAUUGAGGGAAGCUAUAUCAAGUUUACUAUAUGCAUCUACGAGAUGUGGGGAUUUCCCCGAGCUUCAAGAAAUCCGGACUGUUUUAACUUCUUGGUACGGCAAGGAAUUUGUUGCUCGUGCAACCGAAUUACGGAACCAUUGUGGAGUUAAUCCAAAGAUGAUACAAAAGUUAUCAACCAAGCAGCCGGAUUUGGAUAACAGAACGAAGCUGCUCAAAGAAAUUGCUUCAGAGCACAACAUUGUUCUACAACUCGAAGAAAUCUCUAUCAAAACCGAGAAAAAACCGGAAGCAAGCACGAAGCAUAGUGAGCCUGACCCUGAUAAAUCAAUUAAUUCAGGCAGCCCGAAGGUCGUCGAAAAUCUAAAAUUUUCCUCGGAAGAGAUGGGAAGUGACGGGUUCUCUGAUUCGGUGAAGUCCAGGAAAAAGUAUAGGGAUGUAGCUGCUGCAGCUCAAGCAGCUUAUGAAUCAGCAGAAUAUGCUGCUGCAGCUGCACGAGCCGCUGUGGAGCUCUCUCGAUCUUACCCUCGCGAUCCUGACGAUCAGAGCAGUCCCAGUAACAGAGGAAGAAAGGUAUACGUUAAUGAGGAGACUCAAAAAUCUGAAUCUGAACUUGAAAACCAUGAAAUCCAGAGUCAAAUUGAAGACAGCCAAGUGAAAAAUAACAAUGCAGUGGAACAGAACUCGGUGCCGAGUUCUGCUACAAGUUCAUUUAUUGUGGGAAACGAUUCGAGAGUGACAUCGAUGACCCUGGAUGCCGAGGAGCUAGUUAGGCGGUUGGAUAAGGAUAUAGUUUUCGACGAGAGCGACUCCGAAACUCAUUAUUCGGGUUCCGAAGUCCGGAAAAUUCCUCCUGUAAUUCAAGCUGGUAAUAAAUUAGAUUCGGUUAACGGUACAGAAGGGUCAGGAUUUCAAAGUUCAGAGCAUCUAAACAGAGGAAGGCAGGGACGAUUUUCAGUUAGGACGAGAAGCAUAUAUUAAGUUUGACUAUUGCGAGUCUUUUCCAUGAGUUUUGUUCAAUAAUCUGAUUCUUUUUUUUCUUCUCUUAUUGUAGAAAAUUUUGUGAAGUUUAUAAUGAGAUUGAAAAGUAUUGAAUUUUGUGUUUGAAA